GGGGGAGCUGCUGAAAUGCCACACUCGUUUCUGGGACCAGAGAUGAGCACUGGCAAUGCCCCGCCAUCCCCCGUCUUUCACCACGCUUUGGUAGAUGGGGGGGGGUGGUCCCGGGGCUGGAGCGGAUAGGAGUAGAGGAGAGGAGAGGAGAGGAGAGGAGAAGAGAUUGGAGAGGUGGAGAUGGGGUGUCUGGAGACCUGGCUGGCUGUUUGAGAGAAUGGUUGGCUGGGGGGGACGGAUGUCUGGGUGGAGGAGGAUGUGGGCAAAUUGCACGCCGGAUUACUUCGAUAGAUUACCCAGUGCGGCAGUCGUGGAGGCGACGUCGUGCGAAUGGAGUUUUCUUGCGUGCCAAUUUUUGGGUGUUUUUUUGAGGCGUGAUGUGAUACGAUGUGAAUGUGAACGUGGCGAGUGAAUUAAAUUGAGUGAAGUGAAUUUGUGAGAUACAGCAGCAUCUAAGCUGGCUCGAUGCCUUGUCCAAUACCAGAUCCUAAAAGAAGCCGGAUGGCUUUGACCAAUCUGACACCUACCUUGCUGAGGUACCUCGUGCGGGUUGGCAAGCAAGUGUACAUACACACACACACUCUAACUCU